AUGGCGGUUCGGCAGCGGCCGAUGCAGCUGAGUCGCCAUGUCAUCGCCUCGGGGUCGGGGGUAACGACGACGACGCUGCUACUAAUCCUGGUGCUGCUGUGUCGUCUCUGCGGCCGCGCCGGCGCAGCGUGCACGGGGGAGGAGAGGGAGGCCCUGCUGUCCUUGCUCGCCGACCUCUCGCCGCGGCCCGGCGACGCCCUGAACGCGUCGUGGCGCGGCGGGUCGCCCGACUGCUGCACGUGGGACGGCGUGGGCUGCGGCGUCGACGGCGCGGUCACGCGCGUCUGGCUGCCGCGCCGCGGGCUCGGCGGCACCAUCUCGCCGGCGGUCGCCAACCUCACCGCUCUCAAGCACCUGAACCUCUCCGGCAACAGCAUCGGCGGCGCGUUCCCGGCGGCGCUGCUAUCGCUGCCCAAUGCCGCCGUCGUCGACGUCAGCUACAACCGCCUGUCCGGCUCGCUGCCGGAUCUGCCGCCGGCCAUGGGCGCCGGUGGCGCGCUACCGCUGCAGGCGCUCGACGUGUCGAGCAACUACCUGGAAGGGCAGUUCCCGUCCGUGAUCUGGGCCCACACGCCGAGCCUCGUGUCGCUCAACGCCAGCAACAACAGCUUCCAGGGCGUCAUCCCGUCGUUCUGCCCGAGCAGCCCGGACCUCGCCGUGCUUGACCUCGCCAUGAACCAGCUCGGCGGAGGCAUCCCCGUCGGGUUCGGAAACUGCUCGCAGCUGCGCGUUCUCAGUGUCGGCCGGAACAACCUCACCGGCGAGCUCCCCGACGACAUCUUCGACGUGAAGCCGCUGCAGCAGCUGCUGAUUCCGUCGAACAAGAUACAGGGGAGGCUCGAUCCCUGGCGCAUCGCCAAGCUGAGCAACCUCGUCUCUCUCGACCUCAGCUACAACGCCUUCACCGGAGAGCUGCCCGAGUCCAUCAGCCAGCUGCCCAAGCUGGAGGUGCUCCGGCUCGCGCACAACAACCUAACUGGCACGCUCCCGCCGGCGCUCAGCAACUGGAUAGGGCUCCGGUGCCUCGACCUCCGGGCCAACAGCUUUGUCGGGGACCUCGACGCCGUUGACUUCUCCGGCCUCGGCUACCUGACCAUCUUCGACGUGGCCUCCAACAACUUCACCGGCACGAUGCCGCAGAGCAUCUACUCCUCCGCGUGGCUGAAGGCGCUGCGCGUGGCGACCAACCAGAUCGGUGGGCAGGUCGCGCCGGAGAUCGGCAACCUGCGCCGGCUCCAGUUCCUGUCGUUGACCACAAACUCGUUCACCAACAUCAGCGGCAUGUUCUGGAACCUCCAGGGGUGCGAGAACCUCACCGCGCUGCUCGCGUCGUACAACUUCUACGGCGAGGCCCUGCCGGACGCCGGCUGGGUCGGCGACCAUGUCAGGGGUCUCCGGCUGCUGGUGAUGGAGAACUGCAAGCUCACGGGCCAGAUACCAACGUGGCUGUCGAAGCUGCAGGACCUCAAUAUCUUGGACCUCGCUGACAACCGCCUUACCGGCCCGAUCCCGCGCUGGAUCGGCAGCAUGAAGAAGCUCUACUACCUGGACCUGUCCAGCAACCAGCUCUCCGGCGGUAUUCCGCCGUCGCUGGCGGAGCUGCCGCUUCUGACGUCGGAGCAGGCCAGGGAAAACUUCGAUACAGGCCACAUGCCACUCUCCUUCACCCUGACGCCGCCCAACAACGGAGAGCCGAACAGGCCAGGACGCGGGUACUACCAGAUGUCCGGCAUCGCCACGACGCUCAACUUCAGCAACAACUACCUCAACGGCACGAUACCGCCCGAAAUCGAGCGGCUGGUGACGCUCCAGGUGCUUGACGUCGGUAGCAACAACCUCUCCGGCGGAAUCCCGCCGGAGAUCUGCAACCUUACCAAGCUGCAGUUCCUAAUCCUGCGCCGGAACCGUCUGACGGGGCCUAUCCCGGCGGCGCUCAACCGGCUCAACUUCCUCGCCGUCUUCAGCGUCGCGUACAACGACCUCGAGGGGCCGAUCCCGACGGGCGGCCAGUUUGACGCGUUCCCGUCGGUGUUCUUUCGAGAGAACCCGAAGCUCUGCGGCAAGGUGAUCGCCGUCCCGUGUACGAAGCCCCAUGCCGGAGGCGAGUCUGCUUCGUCCAAGUUAGUCAGCAAAAGGAUCCUCGUGGCCAUCGUUCUUGGAGUUUGCUCCGGAGUGAUCGUAAUCGUCGUCUUGGCCGGAUGUAUGGUGAUCGCCAUCCGGAGGGCGAAAUCGAAGGUGUCAGUCAGCGACGACGGCAAGUUCGCGGAGGCGUCCAUGUUCGACUCCACGACGGAUUUAUACGGCGACGACUCCAAGGACACGGUCCUAAUCAUGUCGGAGGCCGGCGGCGACGCGGUGAAGAACGUCACGUUCUCGGACAUCCUCAAGGCGACCAACAACUUCGGCCCGGCGAGCAUCAUCGGGUCGGGCGGGUACGGGCUGGUGUACCUCGCGGAGCUGGAGGACGGCACGCGCCUCGCCGUGAAGAAGCUCAACGGCGACAUGUGCCUGAUGGAGCGAGAGUUCCGCGCGGAGGUGGAUACGCUGUCGUCGGCGUCGGCGCGGCACGAGAACCUGGUCCCGCUCCAGGGCUUCUGCGUCCGCGGCCGGCUGCGGCUGCUGCUGUACCCGUACAUGGCGAACGGCAGCCUGCACGACUGGCUCCACGACCGUCCCGGCGGCGCGGAGGCGCUGCGGUGGCGGGACCGGCUCCGGAUCGCGCGGGGCGCGAGCCGCGGCGUGCUCCACAUCCACGAGCACUGCACGCCGCGGAUCGUGCACCGGGACAUCAAGUCCAGCAACAUCCUCCUGGACGAGUCCGGCGAGGCCCGGGUGGCGGACUUCGGCCUCGCCAGGCUCAUCCUGCCCGACCACACCCACGUGACGACGGAGCUGGUGGGCACGCCGGGGUACAUCCCGCCGGAGUACGGGAAGGAGUGGGUGGCCACGCGCCGCGGGGACGUCUACAGCUUCGGCGUCGUGCUGCUGGAGCUGCUCACGGGCAGGCGCCCCGUGGAGGUGGUGCCGACGCAGCGGCAGCAGUGGGAGUUGGUCGGGUGGGUGGCGCGGAUGCGGUCGGAGGGGAGGCACGCGGAGGUUCUGGACCACCGGAUCAGGGGCGGCGGCGACGACGAAGUGCAGAUGCUGUACGUGCUCGACCUCGCAUGCCUCUGCGUCGACGCCGCGCCCUUUAGCCGGCCGGCGAUACAGGAGGUAGUCAGCUGGCUCGAGAACGUGGAUACCAUCGCCACGUCAACGUCAUCCGAAGAUGUAAAAAUAUCUGAUGGCCACGGACAAAUCUGA